AUUGUGAUUUGUGAAUGAUGACGAAUGAUGUGCUAUUUUGCAAUUGUUGAUAUAAAAACCUUGGGAAAUACGAAAUAACGUCAUUGUGUGUGAGAUAUUAUUCAGUGAGAUUGUUAUUUUAUUUAGUAAUUUCGUUGAUUAAAAUGGAAUUUCCUCAUAUUGGAAAAAACUGCUCUUACAAAUCCUGUAACAAACUUGACUUCUUGCCUAUGAAAUGUGAUGCUUGCAGAGAAGUUUUUUGUUCAGACCAUUUUGCAUACUUGAAACAUGAAUGUCCUGCACCAAAUGGUCGUGACGUUCAGGUGCCCGAGUGCCCGUUAUGUGGGGCCCCAGUGCCGGGUCGGCGAGGCGAGCCUCCUGAUGUAGCUGUCGGUACUCACAUAGACAAUCAAUGUACCUCCGAUCCUGCUAGAGAGAGAAGAAAGAAGGUGUUCACAAACCGGUGCUCAUUCAAGGGAUGUAAGACGAAAGAGAUGGUGCCGCUGGUAUGUGGGGAAUGUUCUCUCAACUUCUGCUUGAGACAUCGGCAUGCUGUCGACCAUGCCUGCGAAGGAAAACUUGCAGCUAAAAGAAGACAGGCUACUAAUGCUGCAAUGGCGAGAAUAAAGGCAGCGGAUAAUGCAGCCAGAACUACCGCCCCAGUAGCGAGUGUUAACGCCUUUUCAGAAGUGCAGGGAAAUAUGACUGAAGACGAGGCAUUAGCGCACGCACUAGCUCUUUCCUUGCAAGAACAAAGCUUAGAGGCAAGAGAAACGAGCUUCGUCCGCGCUCUGGCGAGGCAGCGGGUAGGCGGCGAGCAAAACAACCGAUGUUCCGUGUCUUAGCAUACGAAUGUAUAUCGUCUAUAUCUAUCGCAUGUGAUUUAAACGAAGCAUAAAAUUCAGUUCGGAUUUAUACCCGCACUUGGUUAAUCUUCGAAGAGAUGUUUAAGGCCUCAAACUGGAUGACAGCGGCAGCGGCGCGGCGGUGCGGGGUGCGGCGCGUUCAAAUGCUAAGAUUUAUAUUGAAGUGUUCUCGGUGGCAGCGGCGCGGGGAGCGGGGUACGAGCGGUGCGCUCUAGUCGAGCGGUGUCUGCGUUUGAAACUCGCCCUUUUGUUUCCUUUGUUCAUUAUAGGGAUUCAGAUCUUCUUUUGCCCAUAAUAAAUCGUACGAAACAAAAGAACUAUAAUCGAAAAUGCGUUGUUGCCGUUUCGACGUCGCGUUCAUUUGAGACACAACUCCAUACCGCCGCAACACCGCGCGAUCUGGCCGCUGGCAUCGAGAACGGAACAGCGGCCGCCGCGCCGCUAUCGCCGCCGCGCCGCUGUCAUCCAGUUUGAGCCCUAAAGGUCGGCUGUAUGGCGAGUAAGUUUAAGUUUGCACGAUAUUGCGUUCGCGAUCUGGAAGUCCUGGGUUGGAUUAAAUCUUAAAAUUUACCAUACUUCAGGCUUUUACAGUAACAUAUACAAAUACCCACUCCUCACCAUGUUCAAAGUUCAUAAAAUUAAGAAACUUUCUAAAUGACAGUAUCUUUGUCUGUGUAAGAAUAACUUAUAAGUAAAUCACAUGCGAAUUAGAAAUACGCUAGAAAAUAUCGAACUGUAAGUUUAACGGGUACAAUCGUAUGACAUGUUACUAUUACUACACAUUUUUGAUCAUUUACAAGGCGACGGGAACUAUUGCUCUUAAGUUUCACUUAUUCAAUAUUUUAAAAAUUAAAAAAAAAUGUUAUUGAAUUAGGCUUCAUUAAAUACAGCUAGAUUAGAAUCACAGUAAGACAGACACAUCCGGACAGAAACGAAAAUCUCAUUCUUAACGUGUACCGCUUACCUAGUAAGUGAGAGCGAGGCAGAUACUUCUUCUAUCAUGUGGAUUGUGAGGUGAAUUACCAACCCCAUCCACCCUGGUGUCAGGGUUAUUACUGAGCCGCCAUAGGCCCCUGACAUGACAACAAAACAGUUGAAAGGCAAAUUCUGAAUGUCAAUGGGAAUCUUAUAGUAAAAACGUAUACAUUGCCCCUUAAAAGAUUUUGUGAUAUUCUAUUAUUCUUUGUUAUAUAGUGCGAGAGACAUAUCUCUCGUCUCCUUCACACCAAGCUGUAUUUCUGUGCUACUGUCAUUCUAUUCAAGACAUAUUUAAUGAUGUAAUCAUUUAUGUGUUCACAUUUGACUAGUACCCUGACACCAGGGUUGAUGAGGUUGGUAUUCCACCUCACAACCCACACGAUAGAAGAAGAUUUGACUAGUAUAUUGUGCGCAUUGUAAUAUUUCAGCACUUAUCUUGAACGUAGCUUCAAUGAGCAAUAAUUCGAAAGUAUUUUUGACCAACAAGUUUAUACCGAUUGUUUUAUUGUCAAUUAUAAGUUAUGUACCGUGCUGUUUGAAGAAUAGACAUAUCUGUAAAUGUUUGGAAAUCAUAUUGACUUCAAUAGGCUAUUUGACUGGGUCAAAGAUAAAUUAUAAAAUGCUAAACUAGAAAUAGAACCCAUUGUAAGAUGUUAAAAAUCAAUCUCAUUUUACUUUUCGACUUAUUUUCUGGUGUCUGCAGGAAAUGAUCGAAAAACUACCCAUAUAUAGUUUAUUGGCCUUACUGCUCAUGUAGGAAUACGCUAGUUUCCAACUAGUCAAAUCAGUUACUUUUUAUUAAACGUCAAAACACGAAAUGACUAUGGAAUUUGUUUGAAAAAGCACACUGACGCCAUAGAAUAACAUGAUAAAAUGGCCCCGAUUCCUGCAGACACCGCCUAAUUUUAUUUAAAGUUAUAUCCGUCAUUUUCAUAUCCGUCGAAAAGGAAAGGGACGGAUGAUUCACAGCUCUUAAUUUUAGGAAGAAUGAGUGAAUGAAUGAAUAACCCGGGAGAAUCAAAAGGUACGUCGCUGGUAUGCAAUCCGUUUGACGUGCUGUCUACUUAACUGUGUCGGGUUAUUGACGGAUGUAAAAUUUUUAGACGGUUGGUUUAGAUUUGUGCUUAAAAUUGACGUGUGUUCCAUAAAUUUUAUGCUUCCUUUUCGGCGGAUAAGAAAAUGACAGAUAUAACUUAAAAUAAAAUUAGAUGGUAUUUACAGGAAUUAGCACCAAUGUCGGACUUAUUAAUAUUAUUUCUUGUUUAAAAUUCAUAAAUAAGUUAAAUACAAAAAAAAGAAAAUGUUUUUCGUUAGUUUUAGAUGUGUCUUUAGUUAGUAAUCGGAAUUUCAUAAUUUAUCUUGAACCUAGUACACGACUCAAUAAAUUAUCUUGUUAAUUUCGUUGUCAUUGGCAGUUAAUUAUUAAAGUUUGUAAGUAAUGUCGCAUACAUCGUUCAACAUAAUUAAUUUUGAUAGAUAGCUGUAAAUGUGCACCUUUACCAUGGUCCAACAAACUUAACUUGAUUAAAAUGACAUAUCUUUUGUCUCUUUCGUACUUGGCUAAAUACCGUUAGUGCGAAAAAGACAAAAGAGUCGCUAGACUACGAAUACGGGAAUAUUCACGUUGCUCGAUUUAUAUCGUAGCGCAGCAUUAACUGAUUAUAAUUUAAACUUUCCUAUAAGAAAACCGCCUACCAUCGUUUUUUGCACAAUCAAGUAGACAUUCUAAAUUUUAUUUCGUUACUGUGUCACUAACACAUUGUAUUGUACAUUAUUCGCAUUCCACGAUUUCCAAUUCUUGCAAAAUGUUAAGACAUAAUAUCUUUAAACUCCAAUUUAUCCAUAAUAUUUAUAUUUCAUUAUUUGGUAAUAACUAAUAUCAUAAUAAUAACACCUAACUCAGGCUUGUGUUCACGCGUAUCGUUAAGAAUCCUAUGAAAUAUAUUUUUGAGAUAAUAUAAUAAAAUAUAAUAUUAUACAAAUCAA